UAGAUUCAGUGUUGCCAUUAAAUUUUCUUGCUUGUCAUCCAUAAUCAAGCAUUUUUGCGGUUCCGGCAAAGCAAUUUUCGUAUCUGUUAAAUAAUCUACUCGUAUUUUCUUGUCAGUUUUUACUUUUGUAUUGAAACUUAGUGUUAGUAAGCUAUGCCACAAUACAAGGUUAAAGUUAAAUGGGGUAAGGAGUCCUACCCUGAUAUUGAAGUGAAUACGGAUGAAUCUCCGAUGCUAUUUAAGGCUCAAUUGUUUGCUCUCACGGGGGUGCAACCUGAAAGACAGAAAGUCAUGAUAAAAGGGGUGACUUUGAAAGAUGCUGAUUGGGAUAACUUUAAAUUGAAGGAUGGGGUUACUGUUUUAUUAAUGGGGAGUAAGGAAGAAGACGUGCCAAAAGAACCUGUUGAAAAAACCGUUUUUGUGGAAGAUAUGAAUGAAAGUGAAUUGGCCACAGCUUUGGAACUUCCUGCUGGUUUAACAAAUUUAGGAAACACAUGUUACAUGAAUGCCACAGUUCAGUGUUUAAAGUCAGUUCCUGAAUUGCGUGAAGCCCUCCAAGCUUAUCAAGGAGAAGUAACUGACGCAGGGGGCGUAAUUCCCGCUCAGUCAAUUACAGCAGCGUUGCGUGAUCUAUACUCCUCCAUGGAUAAGGGAAACAAUGUUCCUCCCAUAGUCCUCCUCCAAAUGCUCCACAUGGCGUUUCCUAGAUUCGCAGAAAAAAAUGAACAUGGCGGUUUUACACAACAGGACGCCAACGAGUGUUGGACUGAGUUAAUUAGAAUGUUGCAGCAAAAAUUGCCCGCGAAACAAAAUGGUGGAAAUGCAGUGGAAAAGUUUAAAUCGUUGGUUGAUCAGUUUUUUGGUGGAACUUUUGAAGUUGAAUUGAAGUGUACGGAAACGGAAGAUGAGCCGGUCACUAAAAAUAAGGAAUCAUUUUUGCAGUUGAGUUGUUUUAUUUCGCAGGAUGUGCGCUAUAUGCAUUCAGGAUUGAGAUCGAAAAUGCAGGAACAAAUAACAAAAAAAUCCCCAACAUUGGACAGGGAUGCUGUUUAUAUUAAAACAUCCAAAAUAAGUAGAUUGCCGGCUUAUCUAACCAUCCAGUUCGUUCGGUUCUACUACAAGGAAAAAGAAUCAAUAAACGCAAAAAUUCUCAAAGAUGUUAAAUUCCCGAUCGAUUUUGAUGCUUUCGAUUUAUGUACUUCCGAAUUGCAGGAAAAACUGGCGCCAGUUAGGGCAAAGUUUAAGGAGUUGGAGGACGCACAAGUGGAAGCGGCAUCAAAAGACAAACAAAAAAACAAAGGUGACGGUAAAAUAAACGAAGCCGAUAAAAAAUACGCCCCCUACUGGUUUGAAGACGAUUUAGGGAGUAAUAAUAGCGGAUAUUAUACCCUUCAGGCUGUGUUAACUCAUCGGGGGCGGUCUUCGUCCAGUGGUCACUAUGUGGGGUGGGUACGCCAAUCGGGAGAUAAGUGGAUAAAGUGCGAUGAUGAUAAUGUGUCACCUGUGACUACUGAGGAUAUUUUGAAGCUGUCUGGGGGAGGUGACUGGCAUUGCGCUUAUGUCCUUUUGUACGGGCCUAGACUUUUAGAAAUUACCAGCGAAAAUGAGGAAAAAAUGGUGACAGAUAAUUAAUUGAGCUUUAAAUUAUGUAAUAAUCUUGUAUAAAACUGAAAGACGAUUCUUAAAAUAAACAAACGAUUAAUAA